ACCUUCUACUACUUUAAUUUCCUUCUUCCAAGUUACACAUAGAAGUUCAUAAGCUUCUUACUAUUUUCCUUAACACAAUGAAGCCAUUGUCGCGGGCAUUAGAAAUCACGGUGAUAUCCGGGGAGAAUCUCCGAGAGAGCCGGACGCAAUGGGUGAAGAAGAACGUUUUCGUAAAUAUCAAAACAGAGUCGAGCAGCAACAUUCAAACAACAAGGAUGGAUAAAGAAGGUGGAAGUUUUCCUGUGUGGAACGAGAAAUUGAUCGUUGAUAUGCCCAUGCAUGCUCGUUAUCUGACGGUGGAGGUUCAAUGCAAGACUUCUUCAGGUAUCAAAACAAUUGGAAUUGCAAGAGUUCCGACGUCGGAUUUCAUUGGUGGAUACUUGCCGGAAAAUUAUCUGCACUUGUUGAGUUAUAGGCUUAGGGAUGAAAAGGGUGAGAAGAACGGGAUUAUCAAUUUCUCCGUCAAGGUCAAGAAUGUACAGCCGUACAGUAGUACCGGUUGCGCCACUGCUUAUUCGCAGCAGUGGACGGCAGCUCCGGUGGCUAUGGGAAGUAAUGCUUCUGGUGGGGUUGUGACGGGUAUUCCCGUUUAUCCUAGUAGUUACAAUUAGGUUUAAUUUGUAUCGAUCGGAGAACUUUAAUUCUUUCUUUUAUUUCUUUUAAUUGGUCGAAUUUGAAUUUGUAUAUAUAUACAUGUUUUAGAUGAAUUUGAUUUCCAAGAUAGGAUGCAAAUAUUUUUUUUA